AUGCCUUGUGUACUUCCAGUACUCUCAGAACGACAACUCCAAACAUUGUCGAUCUCGUUCUGUUUUUUUCUCGUGGCCUUUGCCACACCAAUCGGCUGGACCCUCUACCUCUAUCUACUAACAACACGCUUUUGGUGGCUAGCAGUACUCUACUCUUUCUGGUGGUACUACGACCGCAAAACCCCUGAAACCGGAGGACGUCUCAUCGACUGGGUCCGAAGCUUCAAAUGCUGGUUGUACCUCAAAGACUAUUUCCCCUCACAUCUAAUCAACCCAGAAUUAACACUAAACCCCAAACGGAACUACCUCUUCGCAUGCUUCCCUCAUGGAAUCAUCCCCGUGGGUACCUACAACAACAUACUGGGCUAUCACAGUGAAUUUCGACACCUGUACCCCAAUUUCAAGAUGAUUUAUAAACUCCUAACUCUAUCUGAACGACAACUUCAAACAUUAUCAACCUCGGUAUGUUUUACCAUCCUUGUCUUCGCCGCACCAAUCGGUUGGACCCUCUACCUCUAUCUACUAACAACACGCUUUUGGUGGCUAGCAAUACUUUAUUCUUUCUGGUUAUACCAUGAUCGCGCAACCCCAGAAACCGGAGGACGUUCUAACGACUGGAUCCUAAGCUUGAAAUGUUGGUGGUACUACAAAGACUAUUUCCCCGCAAAGCUAGUCAAACCAGAAUUAACACUAAACCCACGACGAAAUUAUCUCUUCUCAUACUUUCCCCAUGGAAUCAUACCCAUAGGUCCCUUCCACAACAUCUCAGCCCGUCCAACAAUUCUACACUGGCUUUUUUAUAUUCCGUUCUUAAGAGACAUUGGACUAGCUGUGGGAUUAGUAUCAUGUUCUGCCAAGUCCAUCACUUACCUGUUAAGUAGACCAGAAGGUGGGCAAAUCGUUCUUCUUAACCCAGGAGGUGCCACAGAAACCUUCAACGCUGGUCACGAACAGUAUAAAUUUUUUGUAAAACGACGGAAAGGCUUCGUCAAGAUGGCGCUAAGAAACGGUGCCGCGGUAGUACCGGUUAUCACGUUUGGCGAAAAUGGGCUCUUUAGACAGUUUCAAAAUGAUAAAGUACGACGGGUGCAGGAGUUUGUGAACAAACGGUUUGGGUUUGUGCCUGCGUUGUUUUAUGGAAGAGGAUUGACUGAGAAUUCUUUCGGAACGGUACCGCUGAGGCGGCCUUUGAAAACUGUUGUAGGUAAGCCAAUAGAAGUUGAGAAAAGAGAAAAUCCAACCAAUGAAGAAAUUGAUUUGGUGCAUCAAAAAUUCGUUGAAGAAUUGGUACGACUUUUCGAAACGCACAAAAACGAGUUUUUGGAAAAUCCACAGGAGGUGUUAUUGUUAGAAUAACUCACCCACAGUUUAAAUGUAAAUGUUGUUUAUUUGUUUAAAUAUUUU